GGGGAGUCUGCGGCUGCAAAACCUCCGCAGCAGAAAUGUAGAGGAAUCAUCUGGUUCUUGUUGCUUUUAAGGAUCUGCGUUAUGGAAGCGUCCCUGCAGGGUUUCCUCCCCCCCGCGGGGCUCAGUUUGGCCCCCGGGGCCCUGCUGGCGGCCUGCCUGGCUCUGCUGCUCUCCGUGUGGCUCCGGCGCCGCGGGGCCCCUCCGGGCCUCCCGGGGCCCUUCGCCUGGCCCGUUAUCGGCAACGCCGCGCAGCUCGGCAACGCGCCGCACCUGUACUGCACCCGCAUGGCGAGGAAGUACGGCAACGUCUUCCAGAUCCAGCUGGGCAGCCGAACCGUGGUGGUUCUGAACGGCGACGCCAUCCGCCCGGCGCUCAUCAAGCAGGGUCUGGACUUCGCCGGGAGGCCGGACUUCACCUCCUUCCGGUUCAUCUCCGACGGCCGGAGCAUGGCGUUCGGCACCGUCUCGGACUGGUGGAAGACGCACCGCAAAGUGGCGCAGUCCACCGUGCGCAUGUUCUCCACCGGGAACCCGCAGACCAAGCGGACCUUCGAGCAGCACGUCCAGGCCGAGUUCCGGGAGCUUCUGCGGCGGUUCGUGGAGAAGACGCGCGCGGAGCGGUACUUCCAGCCCGGCGCCGACCUGGUGGUGUCCACGGCCAACGUGAUGAGCGCCGUCUGCUUCGGGAGGAGGUACAACUACGAGGAUGCGGAGUUCCGGGAGGUGGUGGGCAGGAACGACAAGUUCACCAAGACCGUGGGAGCGGGGAGCAUCGUGGACGUGAUGCCGUGGCUCCAGUAUUUCCCCAACCCAAUCAAAACCAUCUUCGAGGACUUCAAGAACCUGAACCGGGACUUCGGCGUGUUCAUCCGGGAUAAAGUCCUGGAGCACAGGAAGUCCAUCGAGUCGAGCGCCAUCCGGGACAUGACGGACGCGUUCAUCGUGGCUCUGGACCAAAUCACGGACCGCGCGGGGCUCUCCGCCGGGACGGACUUCGUGACCCCCACCAUAGGGGACAUUUUUGGGGCCAGCCAGGACACGCUGUCCACGGCGCUGCAGUGGAUCGUCCUCAUACUGGUGAAGUACCCUGAGAUCCAAACGCGGCUGCAGCUGGAGGUGGACAGAGUUGUGGACCGGACCCGACUGCCGUCCAUCGAGGACCAGAACGGGCUGCCGUACGUCAUGGCCUUCCUCUACGAGGUCAUGCGCUUCACCAGCUUCAUCCCACUCACCAUCCCCCACUCCACCAUCACAGACACCUCCAUCAUGGGCUACGCCAUUCCAAAGAACACCGUCAUCUUCAUAAACCAGUGGUCCGUCAACCACAACCCGAACACCUGGUCCAACCCGGGGACCUUUGACCCGGAGCGCUUCCUGGACCCCCAGGGGGCGCUGAACAAAGACCUGGCCGCCAACGUGCUCAUCUUCUCGUUGGGCCGGCGGCGGUGCAUCGGCGAGGAGCUCUCCAAGAUGCAGCUGUUCCUGUUCACGGCGCUGCUGGUGCAUCAGUGCCACAUCGGCGCCGACCCGGCGAAGACGCUGAACCUGGACUACAAGUACGGCCUGACCCUCAAACCGGAGGACUACGCCAUCGCCGUGUCGCUGCGGGACGACGUGACUCUGCUGGACGCUGGCGCGGCGCAGGCAGCCGCAGAAUCACAGGCAAAAGAUUAAAGGUCACAGCAGGGGUCCGCAACCUGCGGCGCCGGAGCCACAAAUGGAUCAUCGGACCUGAAAACUUCAGCCAGAAAUUAAAAACAACCGUUUUAGUACAAGUAUAAAAACAGAUGCUGAAUUUUUAAUAGGUCUACAUUUUAUUCCUGCAAAAAUGGAGAAAAGAAGCUAGCUGAAGCUAGAAGCUAGCUAGCUGGUGCUAGCUGAAGCUAGAAGCUAGCUGUCGCUAGAAGCUAGCUGUCGCUAGAAGCUACACUGCAAAAACACAAAAUCUUUCCAAGAGUUUUUGUCUCCUUUUAAGUGCAAAUAUUUCACCACUUGAAAUAAAACAAAACCAACUUUUCCGUAAAAUAUAAAAGCUUCCUCUAAGUCAAAACUACUGGCAGAGUUUUUCACUUAUAAGACAAAAUUAUACUAAAAAACCUCUUUGUAACAUUGUGUGUUUUUGCAGUGUAUGGAUGACACUAAAAUACCUGAUUAGUUUUUAAAAAUGUGAUUUAUUGCAUUUUCCAUCACAUAAAAAAGUUUAUCAAUCAGCUUCAUUUUAAAUACUAAAAAUAUAAAUAAAUUAGUGGCUCUUUAAACUGAUGACAAGUUUCCUAAAGUAGAUAUUUGUCUAAAUGUUUUAGUUGUUUUUUCCAAGUUGUGCAACAGACUCCUGGUCUAAGGACUCAGAAAAUGAAGAAUAAGGAAGAGCAGAGAUUUGGUUUGUGCCUAAAUAUGCAGUAGAUAUUUGGAAGCAGACAUUUAUCAGCACCUCUAGUAAAUAUAAGUGAACAGCCUAAAAAAAUAUUUGAAAUAUUAACAUGAUCGGACUUGAAAGUGUAGAAAAAUUCAAACUUUUUUCUCACAAGAGAUUUCAGAUCAUCGUCAGAUUCUUUUUAUUUAAAAUCCCCUGAUAUUGUAGAAAUCCUGCAUGAACAUAACGAGGUGUCCGGGGUGUUUGGGAUAAAAAGAGGCCCACAGCAUGACGGUUCCUCCAUCGCACUCAGCAAUGGUGUUUACAUUUGGCAUUUUAGAAAAAACCUCCCACCUUUUUCUGUUUUAGCUUCACUCGGGUCAGAUUUAGUAAAGGAAUAAAAUGUAAUUAUUUGCAUUUUUAACGUAUUUCUAAUAUUAGAUAAAAAAUAUGUCAAUAUUUUUUAUCCGAUUGAUCACUUAAUCGUCAGAAUAAUCAAUUAAUCACUCAUUAAAAUAAUCAUUAAUGGCAGCCGUUAAAAAACACCUUAAUUUAUUGAUUGUUCAAUUUCAUUGAAAAGCUCAUUUGGUUGCUGUGGGAAGAUUUUUCUAAAUCUUUUCGCUGCUGCAGUAGCAGAGACUUAAGACUCAGCAGAGCUUUAACCAGAGGAGCUGAUAAACGCGUCUGCACCUGAAUUUGUAGCUGCGCUCAGACAGCGACGGCACAUCUGUCCCCAACGUUAGCCGGCCGCAGCUGAUCGGUCAGAGCCGAGGCCUGCAGCCGCUGCAGCCUGCAGCGGCUGCAGAACCAGAAAACAGUCUGGAAAAACACAACAAUGAAGCUCUGAUCCUGAUACUGAGCUGCUGCACAACGUUUCCCUGCAAGGUGGAAAAGAACCUGCACACUGAAGCCUUUAUUGCUGCUUUGCUGCCUGGUGAAAAAUCACUUUAUCUGCUUGAAUAACAAGCCAAAUGUUUCUCAGUCGUGUUUCUUCAUAACUGUGUUUCGGAAACAAGCCGCUGCAGCUACAUGAGCUCCUUGCUGCAGCUCUGCUAACUCUACAUGUUAACGUGUAAAUUAAUACAUAUGCCAGUUUAUUCCUCAGGAAGAGAAAGACUAAAAUACUAUUUAAUCUAAUAUAUUCUUUAACUUUUUACAGAUGCUGUUGUAAAGAGACGGUCAGAUUUCACAUGUGAACAGACGUUUCUCUGGACGCUCACAGAGUCGGGAAAAUGUAAAGGACAUUACAGACGCGCACUGCAAAACCAGAAAACACCACCGAGGGUUUCUGGUACAAAUAUAUCAGCACACUGAAAAAAAGGCAAAACUAACUCAAGAACAAAUUUUUUAUCAAGAUUUAGAGAAAAACUACGAGAUUAUUUCACAUGUAAAAAAACAUUUUUACCAUGUUAAACGUAAAACACUGUGGGUUGCUAGGCGACGGCUCAGUUGACUGUGAAAUACGUGAAACUUUUUUCAUCCAUAUUUAGUAUUUUUUAAGCUCUUAUAUCUUACUGAAAAGUUACUUUUAAGUUAGUUUAAGUGAAAAUACAGAAAUAUUUUCACUAUGUAAAUAAAACUUGUUAUUCUGAAAAAAACUGGACAAAAAAAACCUUUGGUAAUAUUUUCUGUUUUUGCAGUGCAGGAUUAGAAAUUCUGACCUGCUGACGACUAAAAUAAUAAAAUAUCUACGUGUUUUACAGCAAAAUUGUUGAAAUUAUUUUUGCUUAAGAGAGAAAAACCAAUAAAUCUUGCUGCUGUUAUAAAGCAUCAGAGGGAUUCGAGUGAAAUGUGGAGUAUGUUUCUUUCAGCCAGCUGGCUGACAGUGUGCAGCAGUAUAUGGAGACAGGAUCUCAUUAUUACACUGCAAAAACACAAAGUCUUACCAAGUAUUUCUGGUCUAAUUUCUAGUGUAAAAAUCUGAGUAAACUUGAAAUUAGACAAAACAAACAAAAAUGUUUUCAGUUAAUGAUUCUUUAAUAUUGAUGUAAACAAAGUUUUUGAUCCAUUUGGAGUCUGUUUCACUUGACGAGACUUUACAGGUGAAAUAAUCUGCCAGCAGAAAUAAAUACUUUUUAAAAUCAAUUUCAAGGAAUUACUGACUAAAAACAAGCUCUGAUUUCUUGCUGAAAAGUUGCUUGUUAGUUUUUUUUUAUUUCGAGUUUAUGAAGAUAUUUGCACUGGAAACUAGAGCAGAAACACUUUGUAAGACUUUGGUUUUUUUUGCAGUGCAGGGCAUUAAACUGCAGAAACUGCAUAGAAAAUGUGAAACUGGAACCUGGUUAUUUCUCCUCCUCGCUAAAGCUGGGCUCACUUUGGGUGUGUUUGCGCAGGAAUCUGAUUCUCAACGUCUCACAUUAGAGGCAGAGAUCUACUGGCUCCUGCAGGAUCUGGUUCAUGUAACUGCAACAUGUAAACAUUUACAGUGUAGAGAAAACCAAAUAAAAUGAUUUUAUCCACA